UGUUAACAUGGCUGACCCACAGUUCGAGCCGUUCAAGAUAUUUUUCGACCAGAUGCCCCAACAUAUUAAGGCACCCAUCAAUUGCUACAGGAUAGCCCAUGAUGUGGACUUUUCCCAAACGGACGACAUGAACAAGAAGCAGGCGCCCUGUUCCCCUCCGGAACAGGAGUGCCGCCUGCCCUCGCCUCUGGAAGAUGGCGGCGACAGGGACUUGGUUGACGCCGUCAAUCACGCAUGUGCGAUGAUGAACGAGCUGUCAGCCAGCAGCCACACGGAGCGCCGGCGGAGAAGACUGCCAGCCAUCCCAGCCAACCGAAAACCGCUGGCAAAGCUGACGCAACAGCAGCAGCAUCCCAGCUCGUUAGCUGACGAGCUUCGGGGCGCGGAUCGCGAUGGGCCGCAGCAGUCCUCUCUGCCGCCCGAGUCCGGCCCCACCAAGCUGAUCCGGCAGGUCUCGGAUCGGCUAUACCUCGAGAUCGACACUUCCGGUGCACAGCCAAAGUCCUGUCUCAGGUUGUACGACAAAUCUCUACUGAGUGGGGCCACAAACAGCGGAAGCCUCAGUCCGGACGACCCGAGGUCAAGGUUGAGCCUGGACACGGGUGUCGACAGCGGCAACUCCACGGCUCACUCGCCCGAUGGUGCCAAGUCCAUAUCGCCUGCGUGUAACGGGAGCCCCCUGUCGGCAAGCAGUCCUAGUUCGACGACGACCUCGGGUGGUGGCCUGCUACAACUGCAGGAUGCCACGCAUCGCGGUCUAUAUCGGUUCGUGCCGAGGCACGCCGACGAGGUGGCCAUUGACAUCGGCGACCCCGUUUACGUCAGCAAGGAGGCAGAUGACGCGUGGUGUGAAGGGGUCAACCUGAGGACCGGAGCCACAGGGAUCUUCCCAAGUGCCUAUGUGAUUGACGUUGACUACUCAGACUUUGGCUCAGAGGGUCAACAAAUCAGGAAGGAGCGCUACCUGCUGGACUUCCUGGGCUCGGUUGAAGUGUCCUGCCACAAAGGCAGCGAAGUCUUCUGCCAGGCAAUUCGAAAGGUUGCCAAGGCUAGUGCUUCCGAAGUGGGCGUACACGGCUCGCAUCCGUGUGUCCUCGAAGUCACCGAUCUCGGCCUGCGGAUGGUGGACCGCGGGCGACCAGCUCCCAACCAUGUGCCAACACACGACUACUUUUUCAACCUCAAGAAUGUCACCUUCUGUGGGUACCACCCUAAAGAUCACAAGUAUUUCGGGUUCAUCACAAAGCAUCCCCUACGCGAACGCUUUGCUUGCCAUGUGUUCCAGGCUGAGGGCUCCACACGGGAAGUGGCCGAGGCCGUUGGGCGAGCAUUCCGCAAGUUCUACCAGAAAUUCAUCGAGAUGGCCUACCCCGUCGAAGAUAUCUAUAUAGAGUGAAUGCAAUGGGCGAGAGGGAGCCAGCGGUCACAUGAUUGCCUCCACCUUUCCGUUUGCAGAGUGUUACUCGCACCGCGCUGCAAUGUUUGUCGGUUUGUUGAGGCUUCACGCAAUCUGUUCCACUGCACAUUUUUGUCUUUGAUGUGCAGGUGAUGUGAAACGUUUGUGCAUUUUCUGUUGGCACUCGGCACCUCUUUGGCUGUUUCUUCAUGUUGUACAUGACAACGCUGUUGUGUUGACCACCCAAAAAUGGAAUCUCAAUCGCUGAGGCAUGCAGCGCCUUGUAAUAAUUGCGAGAUACAAUGCCAAAGCAGAUAGGGAAAGAACACGUGCUGGCCUCAUUACAUUUUGCAGCCGUGUCAGAUGUACAGUUUGGUCCGCUUUUAAAUGGAACACCGUACUCGCAGCAGGGCAAUUUCAUGAUGUCUUUAUUAGCAGUGGCCAUGGCUUGCUGUGCUAGUUGUACCGCGUAACAAGCUUUACGGACUUGACGAUUCAUUUCAUUUAACACCAGUUUUGGCCUUCACUCAACUGCACUUAGUAUUUACGAAUCUAAUUCAUUUAAUAGCAUUGCUACAUUUAGUGCGCUGAAAAACAACCCUGCUGCUUGGUGCAAUUAGAUGUACAGCGUCCUGAUAUAAUUAGUCAGUGCACAACUGUAGUAUUUACAUAAGCAUGCAGGGGUAAAUUGGACUGAUCGGGUGCACUUGGGUGAAUGGCGUGUGCCUUGCUUGCAUAAUUGGACACAGACCAAGUGUUUCAUUAAAGAGUCAGUGCGUGCGACCUUCAUGGGAAGGAACAUCAAACUCAUCCUCAAUUGUCAACUCUUGUGUUCAAAAGUAGUUUCCAACAUGGCAAACUUGUUUCCUGCCACCGUACGUGAUUGUAGCCACUGGCCCAUUGAUAAGCUGCAUCCUUAAAAGUGAUAAUGCGGCUCCAUCACCUGGCAAGAGUCAGAAGCAGGUAUUCAGCUUUAAUGCAAGCUAGGAGAUGCGUGUUCAGAAGUCUUGCCAUUGCUUUGCAUUGGCGGUUGCUCCAUUUUGCGAAUGCGUCAUUUGGUCGUCCUUUUGUGCUGCGUUGUGCUUGGUGGUGGUGUGUACUUGAAUCCGUACGGGUUCUGGCAAUGACAACAAGGUCGAAGUCGAUGUAGUAGGUUCUCAAAGAUGGGAUGCAGAUUCUUUAUUUCCGGUCUUUUUUGGUACCAAACUACACGUGGUAUUCUUGUUCCACCUAACCGGACCACGAAAAGUUCCAUACCGUAUUUACUCGCAUAAUGAUCGCACUCGCGUAAUGAUCGCACCCCUAAAUUUUGUCGUCAAAAUUCGAUUUUUUUUCCCCCGCGUAAUGAUCGCACCCCGAACUUGCCGCAGCGAUAUGUCGUGUGCCAAGUCUAGCUGAUGAUCAUCAUGUUUACCAUCUGUCGAACCUUACGUAAAUAACUCUUCAAGACUCACCAAGUGAACUGCUCGCACCAAACAGAUUCCUAAUUUUUGUCCACCGUUGGCGGAAGCGUGCCGUCUUAGGAUAGCAGUAAAGACAAAUGCCGUAGUUUUCACCACAUGCCCGCCAUGUGUUUCUACGUCUGUGGCAGCUGAACGCGCCCAUCUCUGUUUCUCUCCUUUAAACAUGGCUAUGCUGUUGCCGCAAAUUUACCGAUUUAAACGAAAUAAUUCAUUAUUUCGACGGAAGAAACUGUUCUGACGCGCAUGACCGACUCAUGACCUCCAUGACUUACGAGAAAAAACGCGUUCGCUUAGCUCCGCCAGCUGCCAUGUUUGUUUUGAUCACGUGGUUUUGAUAUCUCGCAGUGUUAAGGCCCAACCGCAUGCACGCGAUUUUCGAGCGACGGAGACGAGUGACAGGAUUUGCUGUCGCGGAGGGCCAUCCAUCGCCGUCGCUUGUCGCGUCGCAGGUUUUUGAGAAACCAGAAAAAAUCGCUUGUCGCCCGGAAGUGAGUGUGACGAUUUCCGGCAACAUGGCAGCAUCCCUGGUCCUCGCUUUUACUUCGGUUGCAAUUUGCUCUUGAUGCUUCCAAUCGGCGCGUACUUCAAGGAAAGCAAGUUAUGGACUACCUUCUUUACAGCCCCAUCUCACGUGGAGAGCGAGGCAGCGGCCGUAUUUUGUCGUUAAUUUUGAUCGACGGUUCGUUUUGAUGUUUCGGUGGUAGCUUGCUGCAUUUGUGGUAGCUUGCUGCAAUGUCACAUCGUCGUCGUGUGAGGUAGCUCUUCUCCUUGCGAAGCAGCGAUGUGAGGCGCUGCCGCUUUUCUUAAACGUUUCAUGACAGCAAGAGGAAACGUUGUCGAGAUGCGCCUCGUGGGCUUGUUUGAGUGCCGGUUCACGAUGGGGCGAUACGCGAGUUUUACUGCCGCGUUUAAGCUGAAGGCGGUUACGCGCUCGAGCACGGCAACCGCGCUGCCGGCAGGCAUUUCGGCGUCGACAAAAUCAGAAUUAGGUAUUGGAAAAAUCAGCGUGAGAAGCUCAUAGCUACCAACAGCACGCGCCAGGCUUUCCGCGAAACCAAAACUGGCAGGAGCAAAACUGUCGCCAACACCUUCAAGAAGACAGGCAUAUCUAACGCGCUCGACGGAACGGAUGGUAACCUUCUGUGGGACUGUGAUGACACUGCCGGUUCCGACAGGGAAUCGAGCGGCGACGACACUGACGCCAGUGACGCUUCAAACUCUGAAUGAAAGUUAGGGGGUCAGUGAAUGAAAAAAAUAGGGCAAUAUGCAAUGCAUGUAGUUCCUGCGUAAUGUGUGCGUUUAUUACAAAGGUAAGCCUUACUCUACUUUUAUUUUUGGUUAUGUUCAAGAUAGCUAUCGUAAGAAUUCCGAUACGCGACUUGUUUGCGUUUUCGGUGCUCAAAAUAUUUUGCGGAAAAUUUACCCCGCGUAAUGAUCGCACCCCGAAAUUUGCGUCAAUUUAAAAAAAAAAAAAGUGCGAUCAUUAUGCGAGUAAAUACAGUAUCUGUAUGAGGCUGUGCCAUGGUUUUUAGUUUUUCAUGCUUGAUUUCAUUCAUGAAAGAAGUGUGGAAGUAUCUUUGAACUUGCUUCCAUUUUAUUUUCUUCAAAAGAGUCAUAGCUGGCUGCUAUGAAGUGUUCUAUAAUGCUCCAUGGCCAGUGCAGCCUUAGUGCCAUCUAACAAUUCCAAUAAUAAUAAUAAUAAUAAAGCAAAUUCUGUUCUUGGCAACUCAAGCUGCCAAGCCAGAAAGAAAUGACAGAAGAGGAAAGCCACUUUUUUUGUUCAGACGACGUUUGGUUUUGCUCAAAAGUCUGACAAGCUGUCCACCAAUCUCUACCUGUAAGCAUUGGAGACAGAUAGUUGUUGUGGCAAUUGUUGUUGCCUUUUGUUUUCGUCAGAAAAUCAUGAUUCACGUCCAAAAUGUGCGAGAACCAUUUUGCAAUUGUUGACCGUGAAUGUGCAAGCAGUGCAUCUUCAGCUGACAGAAGAGGCAUUAACGCUCACUCUGAGAUGACAUAAAAAGACUUGUGUUCAGUAUUUGUCGUUCAUUGACGUCGAAAAUGGCGUCCAGUUGUCAAAUCCUCCAUGUUUUUAUUCGAUGUUCAGAGUGACUGAGAUGCAAUGGUAUCAUGGCAUUCUCUAACCCCCUGACUUUUGCUUUCACGUUUUUCUGUGGCUUUUUUUGUCUACUUUUUUUUGGCUUUUUUGCCUCUGGGUUACCCCUGGCUUGCCAGUAUGAGAGUACCGGUGACUGAAGAUCUAGUCAACACAUUUCACCAUUGCUCCUGGAUUAUUUCGAAGCUGCAAUGUCGUUAAUCCUCUUCAAAGUACACUUGAAGGCACCUUACUGGUGAGGGUGUUUCUCAAGCAGUUUGUCGCAAUUUUUGGUUAAUCACAAUGACUCGGUGAUCUUGGGGUGCUGCUGGUUGUGAGAACACACUUCCAGAUUGAGGAGCAGUACCACAAAAUGGACAAAUGCUUUGAGAGCACAAGGACUACUCUUGGUGCAUUUCGUCUUGAAGGUCACAAGUGAGUAAGCGUUUAUUAACAUUAAAGGUCACAAGUGUGUGAUUGUUUGCACUCGCCACACAUACUUGAAGUAUUGAAAGGGAAACCGCUCUGCAAACAACACAAGCUAAAGUGACAUUUAUGCAUUAUUUUGUGCAUUUGUUCUCUGCUUGCGCCAUGUCACAAGAACGGCAUUUGUUGCUCUUGCGGCAUUUGUUGUGCACUUUUAUUUUUAAAUUUCUAUCUUAUACCCACUGAUAACCUUCAGUGCCAGAAACAAUAUAACAGUUUUUUUGGCAGCUAUGUCCUCUUCUAUUCUUUAAUAUGUACCCUUAUGCUUUUUUGUCGCAUGUUCAAUUUUCGUUUGAGGCCAUUCCUUUUGGUUGUUGCUUGUGGUGAAACUCGACGCACCAAAUUGUGUGCUGGUAAAUAGGAAAACCAAUUUGUAUUUUGCUACCAAUUGCAGCGACAUGCAGCUGGCAGGUAUGCUUUUAAUGAAUCUAUGUAUAACUAAUGAAUGCUAUCAGUAUUUUUUUUCUGUUUAUAAAGAAGUGUUUCCGUUUUAUUGGCUUCAUUACCAUUGAAAUGCACCUUUUAAUAGUGUAUUUGACUUUACAUGUCUUUUGCUUGACACCUUAUUUUUUUGGAGAUGUUUUUCAUACAUUUACGGAGGCAACUUUGUCCUCAAUUGCUAAGCAAUUUUCAUGGGCAUUACUUUUUCAUUGCAAUGCUAUUUAUUUUGCUGCAUUUACACUUAUUAAGUGGCCACUGUCCAAAUGCACACUAAAGGCAAAAUUGUGUCAGUCUGUGCUGUAAAUUAUUAUUCAAGAACACCUGAACAUCUCGGAAAGUCAUGACUGAAAAGGUUACAUGUGUAUUUUUAUAUUCUAAAACCACUUUUAGAGGUUGCAGUCUUAUGCCAGUGAUCCAGAGGACCAUGCAGAGAGAGUGCCACUUACGAGUUGGGUGUGAAGGCACAUUGUUGGUUACAUCUUUGCAAGCCCAAGAAUAUUAGGCAAGCGCAUGUGCUGUGAUGUUUAAAUGGAAGAAAUUGGUGUCUGCCAAAAUACCACAGUGACCACAACACUUUGCUGCGGAACUGUUGAAGUUUGCAGGAAGCUUCUUAGAUUAAAAGCAAAUAUAAUUAAUGUGGCUGCAUAAAGCAGGUUUUUGCAGCUCGACUGUUUUGCAAGAUACCCUGAUUAUCGGAAGUUCUCAAAAAGUUGAGGCAUAGCGAUCCUACAGCACAUUCCUUCAGGUACAAGUAGAAAAAGUAUCCUUGUGCACUUUGUUACUUUGUCCAUUGGCAGUAAUGUUGCUGAGCAUGCUAGAGGGAAAACUAGUUUUCACUUCAGGAUCACGAAUGGCUUUUGAGCAAUUGCUUAGUUGAACAUCUCAAACCAUAUGAAACUUAUUUUAAUUUGUGGUGUGCUUGCAUUGUCUGCAUACAUUGUAGCAGCGUAGUGUUGCAUGGUAUGUGAGCAAGUGUGAUAAGUGUGUAAACUAGGGUCGGAAGAUCUGCUGAUAUGCUGGUAGCAGUACUUGCUUACCAGUACUAGCCCUCUUUGUAUUAUAUUUCAGACAUGCUGUUAGUGGUACUGGUACCAUUUACCAGUAUGCAGUGGCUGGUACUAGCACCUUUUGCGAUAAGACUCUGGCAUGGUGCCGGUAUUCAGUGGCUAAUACCAGUACUUAUUGUCAGACAUUCUCUCGUAUUGUGCUAGUACCAGUAUUCAGUGGUACUAAUACUCUUUGGCUUAAGUAUCACACAAGCUGUUAUGUUGUUCUGGUGCCAGAACAUGAUGGUACAAGUGCUGUUUUGGUUGAGUGUCAGACACGUCAUGUGGUGCGGGUACCAGUACUGAUUGGCUGGUACUAUCUCUCCGGGUUAAAUGUCGGACAUGCUAUCAUGUGGUACUAAUACCAGUACACAGUGGCUGGUUCUAGCAUUUGAGUUGUCUCGUGUGUUCUAAUGUGGUACUAGCACAAGUACAUACGGGCUGGUACCAGCACUCUGGGUUAAGUCUCAGACAUGCUCUUAUGUUGUAUUGGUGUCAGUACUCAGUGGCUGGUACUGGCAUCCAUUCUGUUGUCACGGAGUACUACAUUAAAUGGUACCAGCAUUGCACAAGGGCAGGCACAUCCGAGUGACAGUACCACAAGAUUUUGUGUGGUACUUGUCUGCAGUGAUGGGUACCAGUGCUUUGUGGCAUAAGAGUCACUGCAUACUGGGGCCGGUAUCACACCUGACUGCAGCGCCGGGCCGUUACUAGUCUGUCAAAGCAGCAUCACUGCAUGCUACAGAUGUGUAGGCCUACAGAUGUUCAUAUUUAGUUGAAUCUUCAGUAUAAAACAUAACGAGGACGUAAAGAAACAUUAAGGCAACACUGUACAUUAAAUGGCCAACGAAGUCUGAGAAACAUGGGCUGCACAGUACAUUGCUGACUCAUCGUGCACUUCUGCAGCUUGACGCAUUGCCCGUUUUAUUUCAGAUGAACUGAGAAAUUUGCCUUGGAGGUAAAAGUCGCAAACAUUUGCAGAGCACAUGCACGUUCCUGUUUGGUCAUGAUAUUUUGUACACACGCCCGUUUUACAUCCCGGAUGUUGAGCAGUACCUUUGCCUUUGCGAGAGCUGCAAUCAGUGCUUGCUUUCAGGCAUUUUCAGCACACGGUCACAUGACCACAACAAUUUACAGUUGUGGUACCCGCAGUAAGCGUGACGGUCUGCAUGGCCGACGUGAAAGUAGAGUUCCAUCCAACAUGAGGACUAUCACUGUCAACCUGCACACCCCCCUCACCCCAACGCAAGUGCACGUUGUCUAAGGGCUAAUUCACACCUGCGACUAGCACCGUUGGUCGCGCGACCAUUUGUAACUGGCAACCGAAAAGCAACUCGACACCAAUUACAUUCACACACGCGUGCGAGUAUAGCCGUCGAUGCACAGACUGCUCGCAUUGCUAUUGCCCCGCAAAAUAACCUGAGGCCCUGUUUCUCUGCAUCUGAUUGGUUCAGAGGUUUGCGACUGCAGUCACACAGUCGAACAGUGAGCGACUGAGCCAAGACGGUCGCAUUUCGACCAUAGUGGCAAUUUGCGACUGACUUGGUUGCGCGACCGGUGCUAUUCGCACGUGUGAACGAGCUUUAAACGUUGUGUUGACCGCCAAACGCGCCACGCUUUCUUAUUGCCUUGGGCAAGUGGGUCUUGAAUGCUGUUGAGAGUGCUUUUUAUAAAGGUGAAACAUUUUUGCGCCCGUUUUUGUGAAACUAGUCUAGUUCCGCUUGUUCGCUUUUUUUUAGCACUUUAUACAAUGCUUUUUGGACUACUUACAGAAAUGGACGAGUGCUUUUUUUUUAAUGAGCAUUCCGUGUUUGCGUUAUAUUGUAGAGCGGAUUGUGACAUGAACGUAGUAUUGUGUAGAGGAGUGUAGUGCGUAGAGCGUUGAAUAUGUUUUAUUUUAGCGCUGCCUGCACUUUAGAGUGUUUUUGCUCAUUUUUACUGAUGCGCUGCUUUUUUGUCAUUUGGCGAUAUGUGUUUGCCUUUGAGAGUUUUACCUAAUAACAUUUUUUGUUGUCAUUUUAUGCAAGUGGCGCGCUGUUUGCGAACCUGUAAAUACUACAAGUCAAGGGAGCAGCAUUCUGAUUGCACACUUUCAUAUUCCCUACCUACCCACCGUAUCUUUGCCGCAGGCUGUGUUCAUUGUGAUGUGUGCUGCUUCUUCAUUUAGAAUUUGUUUUGAUUACUGCAUGCAGCCGACAUGUCAUUUUUUAAAAAUCUGUUUGGCAAUGGGCUUUCCAGCAAAUGUCUUGUACAAAGCACCAUGUGUAAAGCUGUUAGCCAUAGCUUGUAUGCCUUGUAGGCGACUUCAUAAGCUAGGUGACCUCAAAAAAAUAGAUGUUGAGUGUUUUUGAAUGUGAGAUUGUACAAAAAUGAAAAGAAUGGUCAGAGUUUCUGUUACUUGAACAGAGACGCGAUUCUGCUGUUUCUUUUGCUAAAGGUUCACAAUUUGUUUCACUGCGUUGAAUUGCAAAAGAUUGAAGAGAAUGUGAUGCUGUAUGGUGCUUUGAUGAGAAAAUGUUUUCCUUCUUUUACAAUUGCUGCUUUAACCAGCACUCAAAAUGCUCAGUAUGUACUGAACAUGUGCCACAAAUUUGUACAGGUAUGCUGCACAAAGUAAACACUUGUACUUGUAAGUCUAGUACGUAUGUUCUUUUCAUUAUAAUCAAGGUAUUAUUGUCAGCACCUUUAUGUUCUUAGAGAUUUAAUAUGUUGCACCCACAUUAUUCUAUUUACAGUUGAGAUUGUGUUACUCAGCUGUGAGAGGAUUUGCUCAGAAACCUCUUUGCUCCCGCGCCUGGUUUGAUUUUUAUCCUUAUAUGGAAAGGCGAAUGUGUUCAUGUACAUGUAUUUGCAAGAAUGCCAUGUAAAGUUUCUUUGGAAGAAAUGAAUGAUGCCUAGUGCAAAAUGUUCA